CUUUUAAACAGUCACUUACGCGUUAUGGUCUGACAUUUCUUGAAGAACCACCCCAAUCGACCUGCAUUCUCGCCCUGUUAGUACGUAAAACUAUGUAUGCCAUUGCGGAGUGAUAUGACGACUUGUUUUUCCCUCCUUCUCUUGGUACACAAUCAAGAUGAUACAAGUACAGAGGCAAUACAUCAACUUAGUUUUUACCAGUCAACACCUCUUUCUGAAUCAGAACUCUUGAAACAAUGGGGCAUCCAGAGACUACAACAAAGGUGGUGGUUGCUGCUCAGAAGGAAAGACCUGUCAGGACUCUGUAGGAGAAAUAUGCAGAUGUUACGCUGCGGCUUAUUGAAGAGCAUGGGGAUAGUUUCGAGCCCAUGAGCGAGGAUGCUGCGAAGAAAGUCCAGAAGAAGCUUUACUUCCAUGUCAUGUUUCUGGUGUGCUGUAUCAGCUUGAUCCUAUUUAUUGACAAAGCUACGCUCGGUGUAUCAUCGAUCCUGGGCUUAUUUGAAGAGACCGGGAUCAGUCUCCAGGAGUACAUUAACUUGAACAUGUUCUUCUAUGUCGGCUACGUUCUCGCUUUAUGGCCAGGACAUUAUCUUCUCCAACGACUGCCAUUCGGAAAGACAGUCAGCACAAUCAUCUUCACCUGGGCCGUCGUGAUAUUCCUCCACUGCGUAGCAACAAGCUACGGCCCUCUUAUCGUCGUCCGCAUGGCUCUUGGUGCCGUCGAAGCGGUCAUCAUUCCCGCAAUCGAGAUGACUAUCGGUAUGUUCUUCAACCGCGAAGAGCAGGCAUUCCUGCAGCCCGUCUUGUGGAUCAGCACCAGCGUGGCUCCUGUAGCGACAGGAUUCAUAUCCUAUGGUCUGCUAUUCAGUUCAAGCCCUGUCCGGCCAUGGAAGCUGUUUAUGGUCACCACCGGAUCACUCACGUUUGCGUUGUCCGUUUGGUCGUGGUUCUGCUAUCCUAAUAAUCCUGCUGAGGCUUCGUUCUUAACUUUGGAGGAAAAGGUCCAUGUCAUUAAGCGAGUCCAGAAAUCGAGUCAGAGUUCGAUCGAGCAGAAGCAGUUCAAGAAAGCGCAGUUCAUCGAGACCUUGAAAGAUCCUGUGUCCUGGGUCUUCACACUCCAGGCAUUCACCCUCAUGUACGCCAACAACCUCACCUACGGCCAACAAAACCUCCUCACCCGCUCCCUCGGAAUCUCCGUCCUAGGCUCCACCCUCGUCAAAGCCGCCUCAGGAGGCUUCGGCGUCCUCGUCUACAUCACAGCCACAAUCCUCGUCAAAGCCUUCCCCGGCAACGCCGCCUACCACGGCCUCCUCUGGUGUCUCCCCGGUAUCGCCGGCGGAAUAGGCAUGGUGACCAUCGAGUGGGACCGCAAGCUCGCUCUGCUGGCAUGUUUGAUUCUAGCAGGUGGUACGUAUGGCGUCACGUAUAUUGUUGCGCUGGGGUGGACGUCGUCGUCUGCGGCGGGGUAUACGAAGAAACUUACUAGGAAUGUGAUUUUUAUGGUUGGGUAUUGUGCGGGGAAUUUGGUGUCGCCGCAGAUUUGGGUGCCGUCUGCGAAACCGAGGUAUUAUGGGGCGUGGAUCUCCAUGGUCGCUGUUAGUUGGAUGGGGAUGCCGGUUGUUUUGUUUGUUAUAAGGUGGAUUUUGAUAAGGAGGAAUAAGGAGAGGAGGUCUUGGGCGGCGGAGAAAUCUGCGAGUGAGGGGGAGGAUGGUGAUGUUGAGGGGGAAAGUGGGUUUGUGACUGUGGAUGUUGAGGAGGAGGGGGUGGUUGUUAGGAGGAAGGUCAGGGUUGAGAUGUUGGAUUUGACGGAUUUGGAGAAUAAGGAGUUUAUUUACCCUUUGUAG